AUGGCCAGAAGGAACCUAACCAUGUUGACUGAGUUCAUCCUUCUGGGAUUUACAGAUCAGCUGGACCUGCAGAUUCUGCUCUUUGUGAUAUUUCUAGUAAUUUAUCUCAUCACCCUGAUAGGGAACCUUGGGAUGAUGGGGCUAAUCAGGAUCAGCUCUCGACUCCACACCCCCAUGUACUUUUUCCUCAGUCACCUCUCUUUUGUUGAUAUCUGUUAUGCCUCCUCUAUCGCACCCAAGCUACUGGCAAACGUCUUCGUAAAGAUAAAAACCAUUUCCUUUUCUGGUUGCUUCACCCAGAUGUAUUUCUCCAGUGCCUUGGUGACUACGGAAUGUUUCCUUUUGGCGGCCAUGGCCUUUGAUCGUUUUGUAGCCAUCUGCAAUCCACUGCUGUACGCAGUCAUCAUGUCUAACAGAGUCUGCAGUGAGCUGGCCUUGGCAGCGUAUAUUUAUGGUUUCCUCAAUUCACUGAUACAGACCGCUAUGACUUUGCAAGCCUCGUUCUGCAACUCCAAUGCCAUUAAUCACUUCUACUGCGCUCAUCCACCGCUACUAUCUCUUUCCUGCUCUGACAUUCAUGUUAAAGAGAAACAGAUCUUCUUUAUUUCCACACUGAAUCUUGUCAGCUCUCUGCUGGUGGUCCUUCUCUCCUACUGUUGCAUCUUUGUUGUGGUCCUGAAAUUCCCUUCAAGAGAGGAAAGGUGCAAAGCUUUUUCUACCUGUGUAACCCACCUGACCGUCAUUGCUCUGUUUUAUGGGACCCUCUUCUCCAUGUACUUUCAAGAGCCAUAUACAAAUCACGCCUUGCCUUAUGACAAAGCAGCCUCCGUGUUUUAUAGUCUCAUCGUUCCCAUGUUGAACCCCCUGAUCUAUAGCCUGCGUAACAGAGAUGUGAAGGAGGCCUUGAGAAAAGUGAUAGAGAGGAAAGUUUGGGGAUGA